GGUACGUAGAGAGUUCGUGGCGGAGCUCUACAGAGAGAUGAAAUGGCCUGUUGCUGAGAUCAUACCGCAGGCAGUUGUGGAGGCCAGCGUGGAGAGUAGAGUGGUGCCCAGUGGGGAGGCCAGUAGGGAGGCCAGUGUGGUGCCCAGGAUGGACAGACAACAACGAAGAUGGGAUUACUACAGCAAUAGCAAUAUCAUUAGUAACAACAGAGUGCCUAUGAGUGAGAACAAGCCUGAAUGGCUAUCCGAUUUGGUUAUAGAUUUAGAGUCGAGUGAGGAGGAGAGUGACGAUGAAGCGCACUCGCCUGUGAAGAAGAGGAAACUAUCAGUUGACGAUAACCGAGACUCAGAGGAACUAAAGCUACUGACUGGAAAGUUGAACAAGUGGGAAGAAGAGCACCGUGAUAUAGAUGCGGAGAUCUCGAGCUGUCAAGCUCGAAUGGAAGGACUAGAACAGGAAUUGAGGACCACGAGAGAAAGGAUGAAACGCUUAGAAGAUGAACGGAGAGUCAGAGAUGCUCUAAGGGAAGAGGUUGCCGUAGAGAAGAACAAGAUGAUGAAAGAACAAGCCGAGAAGGAACAGGAACAAGCAUCCAAUGCGUAUGAUGAAACCAUCCACAAGAUUCCAAAGGUAAUAUUUUAUUCCAAACACCUUACGAGGGUAAGCUAGCACGCUUUCUCCUCCCCUUCAUUCUUAUCACAUGAUAGACAGAUGAAUUACUAACACUUGUGUCCCACUCUUAUAGCAGCAGGCCAGGGCAUUCCAGCCUUACCACUCGUUACUCUCCAAGAGACAAGGCAUUGAUAACGAUGCAGACAACGACGACAGACAGCUCUGUCCAUUCGAGCUCAUCCACCAGAAGUGUACUGAGCCUGAAUGCAAGUUUAGACAUCUAUGAAGCCGUAAUGCUCAUGCUAAUCACGCUCCAA